UUCCUCUGUACUCCUCGUGCGCACAGCCAGGCGGGUGGUCAGCUGUGGGGAUCCUUAAAGACACAACGAAUGUACCCACAUAACAACGAGCAAAGUGCUGCCAGGUAAAGAACAGGAAGGAGCACCUGAGUAAAACAAACGCAGGCACUUGGAUUAAGUGGAAGUAACGGUCCUCCUUUUGGACAGAACAGAGACACCUUUUCUCGCUAUUUAAGGUGGAGUGAACAAGAAUGGUUUAUGUUUGUGGAUGAGGAGGAGACUUGAGCUUAACGUCGGACACAAAUGAAUAUUUGCAAUGCCACUUGGGAUGUCUCUGAUCUCAGCCCUGCUCGUCUUCCUCCUGGUCACCACCACAUGCUCCCUCGCUGUCUGCACUUAUCCCCGUUUCUCCAGAAAUGACACUUCAUUUGAGCACCUGGUCCUACACCCAGACCCCUCUGUAGGCACGGUCUACGUGGGGGCCAGGGACCAUCUCUUCCAACUGGACGGGUUGGACGGCCUGCGUCUGGAGCAGGAGGAGAGGACCGGCCCAGUGACUGAUAGUAAGGAGUGUCUUCCCCCUGUCACAGAGGCCAACUGCCCCCAGGCCCGGCACACCUCCAACCACAAUAAGCUGCUCCUGGUGGACCCCUCAGCCAUGGAGCUCAUCACCUGUGGUAGUGUCCACCAAGGCACCUGCCAGAAGCGCAGCCUAACCGCUGUGAAGGAGGUGCUGUUCUCCACAGAGAGGCCGGUGGAUACCCAGUACGUGGCGGCCAACGACCCGGGGGUGUCCACCGUGGGGMUGGUGGUGGGGCCCCGAGGCGGGGAGCGGGCCGUGCUCUAYGUGGGSCGUGGUUACACAAGCAGCCAUCCGCCCAUCUCCACACGCCAUCUGGCCCACGAGCCUGUGUUCUCWUAYGASGAGACSGCCAAGCUGGCYGUGGCGGGAAGGCUYUCGGAGUACGACCACCAUUUUGUAGCYGCYUUCGCUCGSCGUGGGCAUGUGUACUUCUUGUUCUAUCGUCGUGACAUUAAGGCUGUGUCGCGGGAAUACCGUACGUAUGCUGCCCGCGUGUGUCUGGAUGACACCUCCUACUAUUCCUAUGUAGAGGUACCCCUGGUGUGUCACUCCUCCUCUACCUCCUCCCCAGAGAGGAACUACAACCUGCUGCAGGCAGCCCAGGUGGGUCAGGGUGGCGGCAGAGAGGGGGAGAAACUGCUUGGGGUCUUCUCCACCUGGGCCAGCUCCUCCAACGGGCCCUCAGAUGACUCGGCUCUGUGUGUGUAUCCCCUGGACGAGCUGGACAGACACAUCGACUCCACACGAGACCUGUGCUACACGCAGGAUGGCCGGGUGGAGGGAGGAGGGGACGUGGCCUACAUCGAGUACGAGGUCAAGUCCAGCUGUGCCAACUUACCCAUGAACACCCUGAAGGCUUAUCCCUGUGGCUCUGACCACACCCCCAGUCCAAUGGCCAGCAGGGUGCCCAUAGAAGCUGAGGCGGUAUUGGACAGCCCGUCCGCCCGUCUCACUGCUGUGGCUGUCAGUGUGAGGGCGGGGCACACAAUUGCCUUUUUAGGAGACUCUAAAGGGAAUUUGCACAAGGUGUUCCUAGGCUCUGGGGGUAGGGUGGAGAGGUACUCCUCCAUACUCAUCCAGCCCAACUCACCCAUCAGCAGUGACCUCCUCCUGGACCAGAUGGAGACGCACAUCUACAUCAUGACCAGCACAAUGGUGGAGAAGCGGCCGGUGGCAGAGUGUGGAGAUCACCUGGACUGUCAGUCCUGUCUGUCAGCCCGAGAGCCGUACUGUGGCUGGUGUGUUCUGGAGGGCAGGUGUGGCCAGCGUUCCCAGUGCWGUCGGGGGGYUCUGCAGGGCCAGUGGCUGUGGAGCUUUGACCAGCAGCAGCAGUGUCUCAGUAUCCAAUCUCUAAGCCUGUAUAACAUCAGCCUUGGAGUGGAGACAGACAUUGCUGUUUCAGUGAAGGGGUUGCCCAGUCUAGUGGAAGGCGAAGCAUACAAAUGUUUCUACCAGGAUGUGGAAAGUCCUGCCAACGUCACAGACACUGGUGUGACCUGCUCUACCCCCGACGCCAGCAGGCUGCCUCUUAUUGGCCAAGGAGAAGACUUCGUCACCGUCCCUCUGUCCCUUCGCUUCCUCAAUGUGACAGUGGCUGCUUGGGAGUUCACCUUCUUUGACUGUGGCGUGGUCCAACAGCUCUCUGGAGGCAUGCCGUGCAGAGGGUGUGUGAGCAGUCGCUGGGGCUGUAACUGGUGUAUUCACCAGCACUUCUGCACCCCGAACAUUUCCUGUGAUGAGGGAGUCACAAUUUACAACAAACACUUGAAAUCACCAACAGCCACUCCCCCAGCAACCAAACAAUCUGAUACUGUAACUCCAACUGUUCUGGCUGCUCCAACACUCCCAUACACAAAGGUAUCUGUUAGGACCACUCCCCCAGUCCCAAACAGCACGGAAGUGCCCUUAGCCACUCCCCCCACCACCCCCGAGCCCACUGCAGUCCCCACCACCCUCUCACAAAACAUUGCCACCACCACACCUUCAACCACACUGGCCACCCAGGCUACGACUACACUGGAAGUGACUACCAGUCUGCAGGCAGGGGCCAUCGCAGAAGAGACCAAAGUGGAGGGAGAUGGGAGUCUCCCCAGGACUACUGGUGGAACAGAGCAGACAACAGUCACCAGGGUUGAGCUGCUAGACUGGCCCGAGGCUCUAGAGACUGUGUUUCCUAGUAGUACUGCUGGACUGACUGGCCUCACUGGGAUGGAGCCCUCGUCCCCUGACACUACCUCAACCAUCUCCAGUGGUGUCCCCCUGUUAGGGGACCUGCCCACUGGCUCUGACAGGGAUGAGAUCCCCCUGGCCCCCUUCCAAGGUACAGCCUCACCCCCCUGGACCAGGGAAUGGGACAAGGGGGAGGGAGAGACCGAGACAAAGAUGGACCCUGCAACAUCCUCUGCCACAGUGCCCUCUGGAGUUGAUGAACCAAACCAGCCCUCUCAAUCAUUUACCCUCACACCUGACCCUGAGUCUGAGUCUCCACCAGACUACCAGUCUGGCUCCUUUGCUCUGCUGGACUGCCCGUGUGUGGAGAAGGUCCAGGGCGCCUCUCUACUUCCUGUUAAUGUGGAGCGGAAGAUCACUCUGGUGGGACGCCACCUUCACCUCUUCCAGGAUGAGGGUCUGGACUAUGAGUGUGUCCUGACCAUCGAGGGGCGGUCAGUGGUGGUGGACGCGUACGUGGAGACAGAGGACACCCAGCCCUCUCUCUACUUCAUCACCUGCCAGCUACACCAGUACGCCUAUACUGCCUUUGUGGAGGAGUACGAUGCCGUGAUCAAUGUGAGGAGGAGAGACACCUUUCAGAUUGAUAGUGCUGACGACCUUCAUGUGACGUUGUUUAACUGCUCUGUGGGCCGGUCAGACUGCAGCCGGUGUCGUACGGCUGAUCAGAAGUACGGCUGUGUGUGGUGCGGGGGAACUCGUUCCAGAUGCAGUUUCCGGGACUCCUGCGCUGGCGAGAUCAAGCAGUCUUGCCCAGCACCCGUCAUCCACUUUAUGGAGCCCAUCUCUGGACCAGUAGAUGGUGGUACUGUGGUGACCAUCUCAGGCUCCAAUCUGGGACAGAAAGCUGAAGACAUCCAGAACUCUGUCACUUUAGCUGGUGUCCCCUGCACGGUCAUCAACAGCAGAUAUGAGAUCUCCUCAAGGAUUGUGUGUGAGACCACAGCCAGUGGGGGACAGAAGAGUGGCCAGGCCUCAGUCGAGGUGAGAGGAGGAGGACUUGGAUUCUCCGGUCAAAGGUUCAGCUUCCAGGACCCAGUUCUGAUGGAGAUAGCCCCUCAUAAGGGGCCCAAGGCUGGGGGCUCUGCGUUGACCGUAAUGGGCCAGAGCCUGAAGACUGGACACCUCAGUGAGGUCAGCGUGCUGAUUGGAGGAGUCCCAUGCCUCAUCUCCUCGGAGGUCAUGGAUGACCAGAUUACAUGUAUGACUGGUGGCAGCAACAGAACCGGAGCACAUGGAAUCACUGUCCGGUUUGGUAGAGCAGAGCGCCAUCUAGAGGGAGACAUUUACUAUUACACCUCAGACCCUAACGUAACCAUGGCUACACCCUCCAAAAGCUUUCUCAGUGGUGGAAGACUAAUACGUGUGUCCGGACAAAACCUGGAUGUAGUCCAGGAGCCCAGAAUCCGGGUGACCGUUAGUCCUCUGGAGUCCCUCUCUCCGAGGAAGAACAGGAGGACGAGGAGGAGCAGCAGAGACGGAGAGAGUAGAGUGAGAUGUAGAGAAAUCCCACUCAAGAGGCAAAGACGGAUAGUUCCUGAGCCAGACUGUCCUGAAGACAUGCUCUGUGUUGUCAAACAGUUUGAGACGCACUGCGCCGUGAGCAGCUCCUCUCUGAUGCUGUGCCCUACGCCUGCCGUGGGGACGGAGGCCCACAAUGCCCGGGUCAAGGUGGACUUCCUACUGGAUAACCUGCACUUUGACUUCAGCGCUGUGGGCAGCGGGGCAUUCAGUUACGAGCUCAACCCCAUCCUAAUCCCACUGAACCAGAAUGACCCCAGCAAACCCUACCAGCACAAACCUGGCAGCAUCAUCUCUGUGGAGGGGGAGAACCUGGACCUGGCCAUCUUUAAGGAGGAGGUGGUGGCUCUUAUCGGGGAUGGGGUGUGCUCGGUGAAGACCUUGACCCAUAACCACCUCUACUGUGAGCCUCCAUCCCAGCAGCCCUCAGUGAUGGCCAGCAAGAAGCAGGAGGGCAUGGAUUCUCUCCCCGAGUUCACUGUCCAGAUGGGCAACCUGAACUUCUCCCUGGGCAGAGUGCAGUAUGACACCCAGGUCCAGUCCACCUUCCCCCUGGAGGCCCAGGUGGGCGUGGGGGUGGGGGCCUCCAUCGUAGCCCUCAUCGUCCUCAUCAUAGUGCUCAUAUACAGGAGGAAGAGCAAACAGGCCGUGAGGGACUACAAGAAGGUCCAGAUUCAGCUGGAGAAUCUGGAGACCAGUGUGAGGGACCGCUGCAAGAAGGAGUUCACUGACCUGAUGACUGAAAUGAUGGACUGUUCCAGUGACCUGGUGGGUUCUGGUAUCCCCUUCCUGGACUACAGGGCGUAUGCAGAGCGCAUUUUCUUCCCUGGCCACCGGGAGUCACCACUGAGGCGAGAGUUGGACGUGCCGGAGUGCCGUAGACAGACGGUGGAGCAGGGGCUGGUUCAGUUGUCCAACCUCCUCAACAGCAAACUAUUCCUCACCACGUUCAUCCACACCCUGGAGGUGCAGCGGACCUUUUCGCCUCGGGACCGGGCUUACGUGGCCUCCCUGCUCACCGUGGCCCUGCAUGGGAAGCUGGAGUACUUCACUGACAUCCUGAAGACUCUGCUCAACGACCUGGUGGUGCAGUACAUGGCCAAGAACCCCAGACUGAUGCUGCGAAGAACUGAGUCAGUGGUGGAGAAGCUGCUGACCAACUGGAUGUCCAUGUGUCUGUUUACCUUCCUGAGGGACACUGCAGGGGAAUCCUUCUACAUGCUGUUCAGAGCCAUUAAACACCAGGUGGACAAGGGACCGGUGGACGUCGUGACAGGAAAGGCCAAGUAUACACUCAACGACAACAGGCUGCUCCGCGAGGACGUAGAUUACAAAACCCUGACACUGAAUGUCCUCAUGCCAGCGACAGGCAACGCUGGCGAGCCGCAGACGGCUCCUGCCAAGGUGCUGGACUGUGACACCAUAACCCAGGUGAAGGAGAAGCUCCUGGAACAAGCAUGGAAGGGCAUGUCCUUCUCCCAGAGGCCCCACACAGACUCUCUCCACCUGGAGUGGCGUGCGGGCACGGCAGGUCACCUGAUUCUGUCUGACGAGGACCUGACGUCAGUGGUGCAGGGCUCCUGGAAACGCCUCAACACCCUGCAGCAUUACAAGGUUCCGGAUGGAGCCACUGUUGCACUGGUACCCCGGAACACCAAACACGUCCACAAUGACAGCCAUGAUUACAUUCCUGGAGAGAAGACACCCAUGUUGGACGAUGGGGACGAGGGAGGCGUGAAGCUCUGGCACCUGGUGAAAGCCAACGAGGAGCCAGACCUUCCCAAACACAGGCGUGGCAGCCUGAGGGAGAGAGAGAGGGCCAAAGCCAUCCCUGAGAUCUACCUCACCCGCCUACUCUCCAUGAAGGGCACACUGCAGAAGUUUGUGGAUGACUUGUUCACAGUGAUCCUGAGCACUAACCAGCCAGUUCCCAUGGCUGUCAAGUACUUCUUUGACCUGCUGGAUGAGCAGGCUCUGCAGCACAACAUCACAGACUCUGAGACCAUCCACAUCUGGAAGACUAACAGUUUACCCCUGAGGUUCUGGAUUAACAUCCUGAAAAACCCUCAGUUCAUCUUUGACGUUCAGGCAUCAGACCACGUGGACGCUGUGUUGUCUGUCAUAGCCCAGACCUUCAUGGACUCCUGUACCAUUGCAGAGCACAAGCUGGGCAGGGACUCUCCUAUCAACAAGUUGCUGUAUGCCAGAGAUAUCCCACGGUACAAGCAGAUGGUAGAGAGAUACUAUGCUGACAUCAGGCAGACCAUUUCUGCCAGUGACCAGGAAAUGAAUUCUGCACUUGCAGAACUGUCUCGAAAUUAUGCUGGCGAGGUGAACUACCUUGUGGCCCUGCAUGAGCUGUAUAAGUACAUCAACAAGUACUAUGAUGAGAUCAUCACUGCUCUAGAGGAGGACUCUACAGCUCAGAAGAUGCAGCUGGGAUACAGGCUCCAGCAGAUCUCGGCUGCCGUGGAGAAUAAAGUCACUGACCUAUGAUGACAGAGUGGCCCUGAGACAGGGGACAGGCCGCGACACUGAGAUGACAGAGUGGCCCUGAGACAGAGGACAGGCCACAACACCGAGAUGACACAGUGGCCCUGAGACAGGGGACAGGCCGCAACACUGAGGAGAAGACAACUGCUGAGAUGAGUAGUCCCAAAUGAAAGAAAUGUGUGAAAAGGAGGAAGACAGUGAAAGGAACAUACAGGGUGUUUUUUCAUACAGGGUGUGAUUUCAUACAGGGUGAGAUUUCCCUCUCUUUUUGGCAGACUGAAGGAAGGAAAGAAGGGAGAUGGUCGAGGGGCACUCAAUAGCCACAUCCUCGUGGACUUCCUGAUCAUAGAUUCUCCUGAUGAGCUGCACAGGACAUUUCCAUGGCAACCUGACUACAUUUUCCCGCUACUGCUCAGUGUGUAGAUACAUAGACAUUAUUCUGAGUAAGUAAGCAAAGCCCUGUUGAACUCUGCAUGGCUGCAGAGUCUCUGCAACAGGAAGUCAGUCUUACUGGGAGGAAGUUUAUAAAGCUUACAGCACUUGAGAGAACUGAAUAGCAGUUAGUGCAUUGACGCUAUUGUCAUCGAAUGCCUCCUGUUUCUUUGAAUCACGUUUUCUAAGUCUUACUUUUUAUUAUAUAGCUAACAUUUACAGACAUUGUGUGAUGUUUCCGACAAGCUCAAUGAGAGAUAGUAUUGUCUUCACUCCUCUUCACUCCCAUCGGUGUUUUUUGGCUAUACACAAAUGUAAGUCUGUUUCAUGUAGUACCUUUGCCCCUACUGGUCACCCAGCUUUGGAAUUCUGUAUGAUUUGAAUGUUCCUUGCCAAUAUCAUGUAUAAUCUAGACUACAAGUAAUUGUUGUGCAUUUCUAAAGGCAGUUCUAUGUUUCCCUAUAACUACAGUAGCCAAACUGAUUGUGUCUGACCUAAUGCUGAGAUUAUGAUAGACAUCUCUACCCUAAACCUCCAGAGACAAAUCUCAGCUACUUAAUGUUUUAUCCCCAGCACUGUGCCAGACUACACUACACAUUAUCUUUCACUGGCAGACCAGAAGGUGCUCUCACAGCUUUCGUGAGCAGCAGGAGGUAGUAAUCAAACACAACAAUUCAUAGAACUAAAUGUGGUGGAAGAGUUCAGAAAAUGCCUGGUUAUCAUGCAAAUAUUUUGUUCAUUCUGACAUUUUGAUUAUUCAACUAUCUGUAGUUGUUCCGGAUCGCAGGUUUUAGGUCACUGGUUAUUUGAACAAAUCACGAUUUAGCAGGGUGUAAGCAUCUUUUGAAAUUCGAAAGGGCAGGAGGACAUUUGGCCCAUAGAUUUGACCGAAACUUGCAGAGUGAGUGGGGUGAAGCUACCGCCCUGCAUCCUCUCCUUGUUCAAGUAUCUUUUCUCAUACAGUACUUUAUGAAAGUAUUCACACCCCUUGAUUUUUUUCCAGAUUUUGUUGUUUCUUUUUUCACAUGUUGUUGUGUUACAGCCUGA